GAAGUCCGAACGUGCAAAGAUUGCGAAUGGAGAUACCAUCAAAGACGCACGAUGAACCCGGUACAUAAAAACGACAAAUGAAGCACAGGAAAGGAUUUAACUUGUCCAUUCAUUGACCAUGGAACAAUCCCCGGCGACUUACUUUUAACGAGUUCGCAGGUAUUGUUAUCACUCUAGUCAUGCAGAAGCCCAAGACAAGCAUUUAGUAGAAGAUGCUAUUUCAUCAUGUCUUGCAGCUCCAAUGCAUUGCUGAUCCCCUACCGAUUUUCUGUGGCUGGUCAAUCACCGGGUUGGAAGGUCAUGUCCUAAAUACACCAGCACAAAUAUUUCGACACAAGCGAAACGUCAACUUGUCUGGACCUGAGUGGAUAUCUAGGAGGGAUAGACCUUCUGUGCCGGGUAUCCAAAGCGGUCGCUAUACAUCGAGGUUGACAGAAAAUCCUCCAUCGCAUUUUCCCGGCAUCAAUCUUAAUGGGCUGAGAGAGUAUUCACCUUCCUAUGCACAUCGUGCUUAGUGGAGGGUCUUGAAU